UUGCUUCUGUCCGGCAUGGCGUCGCUGGACUAUAUCGAUGUGCCAGCGGCAGCAUCUCGUUUGCGGGACCAAAACACGCAAACUAAACACAACCCAAACCACAUACGGCGGGCCUCCCGGAUUGUCACUUCACUUCCUCACCCACCACCACCACCACUUCACCGUCGUUCAGAGUCCGCUUCGUCAAUAACCUCGCCGACCAAGACGGCGGUUAACCUCCUCCCACAAAUGCUACUUUCAUCCCUCCCGUCGAAUGAAUCUGGCGCGACCAACAACAAUCCUCGAGCCGCAAAACAGCCUGCGUCAAGCAAAGGCAAACUGUUGUCUUCGCGCGACCCUUUGUCAGUACCGAUUCUAACAGUCAACUUCAAGCGGUUCGUGGAGCGGGUCGGGCCAAUAUUCUGGCUGCAGGACAGAAUUGAGGAGGUCGUGAUGUGGAGACGCGGCUGGCAAGUGACCGGGGCGUGGAUUGCCGGGUGGGCUUUUUUGUGCUACUUCCCGAGAUUAAUAUUGCUUCUUCCCCAAAUCAUAUUAAUUGGGAUUAUGCUCGCCACACACCCGGAAGAAACGCCUGGGGUGAAGAACGGAACUGCCAAGUCGGCUGAAGAGCCCAAUACCACUGUAGACUGGCAAGCGAACAUCCAAGGAAUCCAAAACCUUAUGGGUUUUGUAGCCGACGCCGAAGCAAUGUUACAGCCAUAUUUGCCGAUUCUCACCCACCGGUCACCGUAUUCAACCCACAUUCUAACAAUAUUAUUCGUCUCGCUCUUGCCAGGUGUCAUUAUCGUCUCGCUUCCACACUUCCCACUUCGUACAAUCGCUCUUCUCGCGGGAGUAGUCCCACUGUUAUGCACGCACCCAUGGGUUUCGGCCCAUCUACCCAGGCUAGUCGCCAUCGCCCACGCCAACUUUGAGCAAACAGCACUCAUCAAGAAAAUUCGUGCCAGGAUGGACAUGAAGGGCAACGCAAGCUUACGGGCCUUGACUGUCCGGGUACUCGACGAUGCCAAUCUCACAGACGAAUGCUGGACUGCCGAAAUACGCGAAGUUGAACUAUUCGAGAACGAGCGAUUCGCGGGUCCAGAUUCCAAUCAUCAGGAGUGGAGUAAAUCCAAUUUGCGGGAUGGAGAGAGAAGCGGCUGGACAAGAGGGAGAGACGGCUGGAGUGGUGUUGGAGGGAGUGGUGCUGUCAGCAGCAACCUCACGUUCUCGCUCGAUCCCGGGUGGGCAUUUAUAACUACUGAGGACUGGCGUGCAGAUGUGGAUGCCCGGUGGGCCAGAAUCGACGGAGCGGGGGAACCCGGUGACGAAGAUGGCUGGGUGUACACUAACGAUGCAUGGACAGAGCUGCGUCCUCCAUCGGCAUCAUAUGCUCCCAAUGUCGGAGGAGUUACUCGACGAAGGAGAUGGAUAAGAAGGAUAUGGUACGACCAGACCAAGGCGAAUUGA